GAUCCAAAAGUAUUUGCUCCAAAGGCAGUAGCAAACCCACCAGCAGAACUUGGCUUUAGAUUGAAGCUAAUAGUACAACUUGUAAAGGCUUAUAGACAGCACCAUCCUGAUAUCCAAACUCCUAUAACACGGGCCAUAGAGGAAGAAUACAAAGUAGCUAAAGUUUCAUCUAGAACGACUUACUCAGCAUCGAUCAAGAAAGUGAUCUAUGCGGCUCUUCAUCCAGAGAAAGCUAAGACGCCCAAGGAGAACGGGCCCACAGAAGAGCAAUACAAAAGGCUAUUGUCCGAACUCGUCAUCCCCGUGGAGAAACUUGAGAAGUUCGGCUUUAUAAUGAGAUCUCCAGAGACUAUUACUCCAAGUAGAAUUCGCACAUGCCAUAGAUGUGGUGCGGAGUUCACCCGUGACGAACAGCUUCUGCCGGUUCAAUGUCAGUACCAUGCGGGCAGGGUGAGAAAGACAGAUUUUGGCAGAGUUUACGAAUGCUGUCAGUCCGAAGUCAGUCUGGGUGAUACCCAUCCGUGUACAGUAUCCAAUAUGCAUGUGUUUUACUGGCAGAAUAAGGAAGAAAUGGAGUGGUCUAUUCCUUUCCAGAAUACAGAUAGACUCUUUGGUGAGAGUAAAGGGUCCUUAUUUGCAAUUGGUAUAGAUUGUGAGAUGGGGUACACCACCAGAGGACUGGAGCUCUUGAGAGUGACAGCAGUAGACUUCUUCUCUGGCAAAGACGUUUUGGAUAUCUUUGUAAGACCGUACGGAGAAGUAGUAGACUUAAAUACGCGUUAUUCUGGUGUAUCUGAAAUAAAGCCCGAGGCAGUAUCUUUCCAUGAGAUGCUCAAUCAAUUGGGCCAUAUCAUGGACAAGAACACGAUUCUAGUCGGCCAUGGACUUGAGAACGAUAUGAAUGCCAUGAGACUUAUCCAUAAUAGAAUUAUCGAUACGUCUAUCUUGUAUCCUAAACACAAGGCCACUCCUACCUUCAAAUUCAGUUUAAAAGACCUCGCAUUCCAGUAUCUCAGCCGUGUAAUCCAAACAGGAGAACACGACAGUAGUGAAGAUUCGCUAGCAGCCAUUGACAUUGUAAAAUAUUUUAUCAAAAAGGAUAUUCAG